GCUUCAGCGGACCUCUCACUCUUCACCGCGGCUCCGCGCAGGCAGGAGGAAACCGUCCGAGGACACUUGUCAGCGCUCAGAGACUGCUAUGACAUCUCGCAGGUGGUUCCACCCCAACAUCACUGGAAUCGAGGCAGAGCAGCUCCUGUUGACCCGGGGCGUCCACGGCAGUUUCCUGGCCCGACCGAGCAAGAGCAACCCGGGGGAUUUCACCCUCUCUGUCAGGCGUAACGAUGAGGUGACCCACAUCAAGAUCCAGAACUCGGGCGACUACUAUGACCUGUACGGAGGCGAGAAGUUCGCCACGCUGGCCGAGCUGGUGCAGUAUUACACCGAACAGCAGGACCUGCUGCGCGAGAGGAACGGCCACGUCAUCGAGCUCAAGUAUCCACUCAACUGCAAGGACCCCACCUCCGAGAGGUGGUACCACGGACACCUGUCGGGCCGCGAUGCGGAGAAGCUCCUCACGGACAAAGGCAAAGCCGGCAGCUUCCUGGUGCGGGAGAGCCAGAGCAAGCCGGGGGACUUCGUCCUCUCCGUCCUCACCAACGAGGAGAAGCAUGAGAACGUGGACCGCAAGACCAAGGUCACGCACGUCAUGAUUCGCUACCAGCAGGACGGCAAGUACGACGUGGGCGGCGGCGAGCGGUUCGACACCCUGGCCGACCUGGUGGAUCAUUACAAGAAGAACCCCAUGGUGGAGAAGAGCGGCAUCGUCGUUCACCUCAAGCAGCCGUUCAACGCCACCAGGAUAAACGCCGCCAACAUCGAGAACCGGGUACGAGAGCUCAACAAGGUGGCGGACAACUCCGAGAAGCCCAAGCAAGGAUUCUGGGAGGAAUUUGAGGUACUUCAGCAGCAGGAGUGCAAACUGCUGUAUCCCCGGAAAGAAGGCCAGAAACCCGAGAACAAGAGCAAAAACAGAUACAAGAACAUCCUCCCGUUCGACACGACGCGAGUGGAAAUCAGGGACGCAGAUCCAGAUGUUCUGGGCUCAGACUACAUUAAUGCCAACUACAUCAGAAGUAUGCAUGAAGAAGGACGCCACGUGGCAGAAGGCAAGGUCUUCAUCGCCACACAGGGCUGCCUGCAGAACACAGUCAUCGACUUCUGGAAGAUGGUGUAUCAGGAGAACACACACGUGAUUGUCAUGACCACGAAGGAGAUGGAGAGGGGGAGGAACAAGUGCGUCCGCUACUGGCCGGACCUCCACGCCACCAAGGAGUUCGGGAAGGUCCUGGUGAGGAACGUGGACGAGCGGCCGGCGCAGGACUACGUCCUGAGAAAGCUGGAGGUGACGCGUCUGGACCGGAAGGAGCCUUUGCGGUACAUCUGGCACUAUCAGUACCUGAGCUGGCCCGAUCACGGGGUUCCCAACGAGCCCGGCGGCGUCCUCUGGUUUCUGGAGGAGGUCAACCGCACCCAGAGCGCCAUUCCAGACACUGGACCCAUCGUCGUGCACUGCAGUGCGGGCAUCGGGAGAACCGGCACCAUCAUCGUCAUCGACAUCCUCAUCGAUAUUAUUAAUCGACAAGGUCUUGACUGCGACAUUGACAUCCCUAAGACCAUCCAGCGGGUCCGGCAGCAGAGGUCGGGCAUGGUGCAGACGGAGGCCCAGUACAAGUUCAUCUACAUGGCGGUGCAGCAGUACAUCGACACGGCCCAGAAGAGGCUGGAGGAGGAGCAGAGAAAUAAGAUGAAGGAGCGAGAAUAUUCCAAUAUCAAAUAUCCCCAGAUGACCAACUCCAGGUCCAAACCCAACAUGGCGUCUUCACGCUCCUCCUCUGUAUUGACAAAUGACGAUUCAUCAAGCGUGUACGAGAACAUAAACUUCAAAACCCCUCAGACGUCAUUUAGCAGCAACACCAGGAGGUAAAACCAGUGGCGGUGGACCUCCACGUCUCUCUUGUCAGCGGAGGUGUCGCCUGGUCUAAUCAGUCUGAGGGGGCGGGGCAGAGGGUCCGAGGCGCCCCCACUCCCGCCUGGACCCUGGUACCCCGGCCCUGGGCCGCCAUGCUGCACCUGCUGGAGCUGCGAGUGUGGAGCUUCACCCUGCAGGGAGGGGGGAGACUCCUGAGCAGGAGCCCCCCCAACUCCACCACCAACACCACCACCAUGCUGCCCCCUGGACCUGGACGUCCCACCUCUGCUCCAGCCUCUCUCUCUCUCUCUCUCUCUCUCUCUCUCUCUCUCUCUCUCUCUCUCUCUCUCUCUCUCUCUCUCUCUCUCUCUCAAACAGCUCAAGUGCCUUGUCACAGGAUGUGUCUCUGCGUUCGCCUCCCUCAAACCUGCCGUUAUCUCUCUGUUUUCCUGGAAAACGACCCUUUUCGAAGUCAAACGCGGCGUCUGUACCGGGACCCGAGACGAGGUCGCGGCUGAGCCGUCCGUACGCUCCGGUCCGCCGCCGCCGCGUGAACUCGACCCUCAGAGUGUUUCUGCGCCGGUCCCUCCAGCUGCGGCGGUUAUUACCGUGGCUGCUGAGUGACGGCGGAGGGCGGUUACGUAACCUGCCACGGGAUUCAGGGGCACGGGAAGGGCAAGCCCUCCCCGCCUCACGUCCUCGAAAUGGAUUCAGUGGACUGCUUUAAUUUGAUCCUCUGGAAGACGGGGGCCGACGUGGAGAGAGUUGUUUGCCAUUUCACCUGCUGUUUCGUUUGCAGAUCAGCUCUUUGUGGAAAAAUUCAACCGUUUUUACUUUUGGCCACAGCCGGGCCCUCCGUUCUGUCAUCUGACCUCCCUGUAACUCUUUUUGAGUUUUUAUUUGUCUCUCCUGUCCUUUCUAAUGUUAUUUCAUGAUGCUGUUGGUAUAAUUGUGUAACAUAUGAGAUGUUUAUUUAAAUAUAUAUUUAUGAGAAGGUUCCUAGUUUCUGCUUACGGACCCCCGUGAAACGACGUCCGAGCGAUACUUGAUUUCUGUAAAUUUACAGGUGAAAGUGUUUCACAGUGGAGAAUUCAUUGACGUUUUUAGUAGCCAAUCGCACUGAAUGUGCAACACACACCUUAUGUCAGUGUUAAUACAGGAAGAGAAGCAGAGGAGAAAGGGUGGACAUUUAUUCACUAUAAUUUUGUCAUAUUUAUUUGGCACAGACCAAGACAGAAGACAUUAAUGAGCCCUUUUAUUUAUGAUUUCAUGAGAUCUUUAAACACCUCGUCCAAAUAACUCACUUUAAUUGAGAUUGAUGGCUGCAUAAAGUGUGUUUUGGGUCCUUGGCUGCGGAGGAUUCCUGAAUGAGCGCUGGGAGCGGAGCGGGCCGGGCGGGCCGCCCGCCCAGGGUUCGCCUGGCUGUCCUCGUUUAUCAGCCGGUCUGAUGUGCUUCAACAUCUGUCAGUGGAGAUCGUCACAAGGAGACAAGGGAGAAGGGGGCGAUUACAGUGGGCCAGAUGGCCAUCUGCCCGAGAUUGAAGAAUAGAUUUGUCU